CUUCAGAAGUCUACAACAAACGACAUCAUGUUGAGCAACGUUUUGCUGUGGUCUCUUCAGAUAAGUCUCCUAGGGAUGAGUCUUGGCGGGAAUGUUCUCAUCUGGCCAAUGGAAGGCAGUCACUGGCUAAAUAUUAAGAUAAUAAUAGAUGAACUCAUAAGAAAAGAGCACAAUGUGACUGUCCUUGUUGCCUCCGGUGCACUUUACAUCACGCCGUCAACUAGUCCAUCUCUGACAUUUGAAAUAUAUCCAGUGUCCUUUCGCAAGGAAAAAAUAGAAAGUGUGAUCAAGGAUUUUGUUUUGACAUGGCUGGAAAACAGGCCAUCUCCUUCAACUAUCUGGACGUUCUAUAAGAAGAUGACCAGAGUCAUUGAGGACUUCCAUAUGGUAUCCAGAGGGAUUUGUGAUGGCGUUCUUAAAAAUGAAAAGCUGAUGGCAAAGCUGGCGAAAGGGAAAUUUGAAGUUCUGUUAUCGGACCCAGUAUUUCCUUGUGGCGAUAUCGUAGCUUUAAAACUGGGAAUUCCGUUUAUCUAUUCCUUACGCUUCUCUCCUGCCUCUACAGUGGAAAAGCACUGUGGAAAGGUCCCAUUCCCUUCUUCCUAUGUUCCUGCAAUUUUGUCAGAGCUCACAGACCAGAUGUCUUUCACUGACCGAGUAAGAAACUUCAUCUCCUACCGAAUGCAGGACUACAUGUUCGAAACUCUGUGGAAGCCAUGGGAUUCCUAUUAUAGUAAAGCUUUAGAUGGCAGCCAUUGGUUAAAUAUUAAAAUCCUCCUUGAAGAAUUGAUUCAACGAAAUCACAGUGUGACUGUACUGGCUACAUCAGAAACUUUAUUCAUCAAUUCCAGUCCUGAUGACUUUAUGAACUUUGAAGAGAUUCCAGUUUCCUACAAGAAAAGCAAUAUAGAUGAAAUAAUUGAACACAUGAUAGCCCUGUGGCUAGACCACAGGCCAACACCUCUCACCAUGUGGACAUUCUACAAAGAACUAGGAAAGCUCCUUGAGACUUUCUAUCAAGUAAACAUUCAGAUCUGUGAUGGUGUACUAAACAAUCCCACACUAAUGUCAAGACUUCAGAACCGUGGCUUUGAUGUGUUAAUAGCCGACCCAGUAACAAUUUGUGGCGACCUGGUUGCUCUGAAAUUGGGAAUUCCGUUUGUGUAUACAUUGCGCUUCUCUCCAGCCUUUACAGUGGAGAGGCACUGUGGGAAAAUCCCAGCACCUAUUUCUUAUGUACCUGCAGCCCUGUCAGAGCUCACUGACCAGAUGUCCUUUGGUGAAAGGGUUAAGAACACCAUAUCUUAUCCUCUGCAGGACUAUAUAUUUCAGUCCUACUGGGGAAGAUGGGAUUCAUACUACAGCAGAGUUCUAGGAAGACCCACCACAUUAUGUGAGACUAUGGGGAAAGCUGAGAUUUGGCUGAUGCGAACAUAUUGGGACUUUGAAUUCCCUCGUCCAUAUUUACCUAAUUUUGAGUUUGUGGGAGGACUGCACUGCAAACCUGCCAAGCCUUUACCUAAGGAAAUGGAAGAAUUUGUCCAGAGCUCAGGGGAACAUGGUAUUGUUGUGUUUUCCUUGGGGUCAAUGGUGAAAAACCUGACAGAAGAAAAGGCCAGUCUCAUUGCUUCAGCCCUGGCCCAGAUUCCUCAGAAGGUUUUGUGGCGAUACAAAGGAAAGAUACCAGCAACUUUAGGAUCCAAUACGAGGCUGUUCGAUUGGAUUCCCCAAAAUGACCUUCUUGGACAUCCCAAAACCAGAGCUUUUAUCACUCAUGGUGGAACAAAUGGAAUAUAUGAGGCCAUUUACCACGGGAUCCCUAUGGUGGGAGUUCCCAUGUUUGCUGAUCAGCCUGACAACAUUGCUCACAUGAAGGCCAAAGGAUCAGCUGUGGAGGUGAACAUGAACACAAUGUCAAGUGCAGAUUUUCUCAACGCUGUGAGGACAGUCAUUAAUGACCCAUCUUAUAAAGAAAAUGCCAUGAGAUUAUCAAGAAUCCACCACGACCAGCCAGUAAAGCCCCUGGACAGAGCUGUCUUCUGGAUCGAGUUUGUCAUGCGCCAUAAGGGAGCCAAGCACCUUCGUGUGGCAGCGCAUGACCUCAGUUGGUUUCAGUACCACUCGCUGGAUGUGAUUGCUUUCCUGCUGGCUUGUGUGGCAUCGGCUAUAUUCUUGGUUGCAAAAUGUUGUUUGUUUGUAUUUCAAAAGUUUGCUAAGACAAGAAAGAAGAAAAAAAGAGACUAG